ACAAAACUGGAUUUUGAGAUAGCCAAAGCUGAAAGUCGUAAUGGAAAGGCGUUGCUGGAGCGCGAUAAUCUGGAAAAAGAAUUGCAAGAAAAUAGGAAAGAAUUGGCAGAGAAAGAAGCUCAAGUCGCUUUAAAAGACGGACAAAUCAAGCAACUCGAGAUGGAACUGGGCGAGCAGCAGAAAUUGUUGGAGAGGAAAGAAAUGCAUUGGGUUCGGCAAAAAGCGAUGCUGGACGAGCUUCUGGCCACCCUCGAAGAGAACCAAGCCCGCACCGAAGAGGAGAGAGUAUUGAGAGUGUUACAGGAACAGCUGGAUCAGAUCCGCCGGGCCACCGAUAGUUUCCAGCGUCAAUGGUCAGAGGCAGAGCAGCAAUUGCUCCAAGUGGCCAUGACACGAGAUCUCCAGGCCGUCGAAGAGGGGAAACUUCGCGAUGAGAUCAGCGUGCGCGAAGAAAAGAAGAAGCGGCUUCUGCGUGAAGUAGCAGGAUUGAAGCACACCCAAUUGCAGUGUAAAAGAUCCAUCCACGGUUGGCGCGAGUACUUGCAGCAACUGGAUGCCCGACUGGCCCAGCAGACGGCCAACAAAGAGAGUCUAGAACGUCAUAAUCAGCACUUUCAACGCCAGUGGCAGAUCCACCUCGAGGAGCCAGAACGCAAGGUUCAUCGAGUUCGGGAGGAGAUUGUCCAACUUCGUUCACAAAAAUCCAACCUCGAAAUCAACUUAUGCGACCUGAAUAAAGUGAUGUUAUUGUGGACGGGCAAACUGGCAGACAUUCGCGAGGCACAGAGUUACUACCAAGCUGAACGCUCAGAUGCUGGAUCGCUGGCCCUACUCCAAGCGGAAAAGCAUCGACUUCAGGUACAAGAAGUCCAGCUGAGGAAGGAUCAGGAACUGCUUAACCAUCAACUACAGAAAGCCGUUCUCGGUCGUUCCGGGCUGAAUACCAAAGCGGAUAUCAAGACCGGAGUUGCUCAUAAGACGAGGAUCGUCAAGGAUCCAGUAGACUCCAACGCCUGGUACAAGAUCCUCUCUAAAGAAAUCACCAAGCGCCGCAAGGAGCUUGUCAAGCUGAAGCAAUCGAUCUCGGAGAGGAAAAUAGUCAACGCGGAGCUGACGGCGCAAUCCGAUUCUUUACGAGAUUCUCUCGAGAUGGACCGUAAUCGACUCGAGCAGCUCGAUCACAACAUUGCUGAAGCCGUAGUCACUAAGAGACGGGGCAUUUCGACGCUGGUAGGUCAUCAGAAAUGGUGGCGCUUCUACGACCAACUGAAAUAUGGAACAUAUCGGCGGAAGCACGGAGCUGAUGCUCUGGCCGAGGCAGAGCCUCGUGCGAGAAAAAAAAUAAUUAAACUACUGAAGGUUGCCGACAGAUUGGCUUGCGAAUAUCCUCAUCUAGAAGUUCAACUCAAUGACAUCCGAGACUCACUCAACUAG